UUUGGUGAUAGUGGAAGAAACUGACCUACCGGUCGUCGUGGAUGUACCUCAAGUUAUUUGAGGGAACCACGUAAAUCUUGUGUGCUUAUUUAUUUUCUGUUAUUUUAUUUAUAUUGCUUCCAUUGAUUUACACUUGUGGGAAAGCCUAUUUUCCCAACAUCUGGUAUCAGAGCAAUUGGUUAAUUCGGUUCCGAUUCGUUAUAUUUCUGUGUGUGAAUUAUGGACGGCAACGUUGGACGUAUGGUUAGUUUCAAUGGCACAAAUUGGGUGACUUGGAAAACUAAAAUGGAAGAUCUUUUAUUUUGUAAAGAUUUGAAUGGACCCAUAGAGGGUGAUAGUGGCAAACCGGAAGGGAUGAAAGAUGACGAGUGGAAAAAGCUAGACCGGAAAGCUGUCGGUUUUAUUCGGCAAUGGAUUGAUGAUAGUGUCUUUCAUCAUGUCUCUACAGAAAAAUCUGCACAUGGUCUUUGGACCAAAUUGGAGAGUUUGUAUGAUAGAAAGACGGCAGUGAAUAAAGCCUUUUUAUUUCGAAAGCUUGUGAACUCUAAAUAUAAGGAGGGUACUUCUAUUGCAGAGCAUUUGAAUGAGAUUAAGAGCAUUGUGAAUCAGUUGGCCGCCAUGAAAAUUACUUUUGAUGAUGAGUUGCAAGCUUUGUUACUUCUUAGUUCACUUCCCGAAAGCUGGGAAACUUUGGUGGUCACAGUUAGUAACUCCGCACCUGAUGGAGUGGUAACAAUGAGUCAAGUUACCAGCAGUUUGUUGAAUGAAGAAACAAGAAGAAAAUCAUCAGGUUCUUCUUACUCCGAGGCACUUGUAAUGGAAAACCGGGGGAGAGGCAGGAGUAAGAGUAGGGUUCCGCACAACCGUGAUAAAUCUAGAGGUCGUUCAAGCUCGAUGUCAAAAAAGGAUGUUGAAUGCUAUUAUUGUCACAAGAAAGGGCACAUGAAGCGGGAAUGUAGAAAACUCAAGUUCAAGGAGCAGAACAAAGAGAAAAAUUCAGAGAAAAAGCAAAUUGAUACAGCUGUAGUUACCGAUGAUGAACUCAUGAUUAUCCGUGAUGAUGCUAGCGUUAAUUUGAUUGGCCAAGAGACGGAUUGGGUAAUUGAUUCUGGAGCUUCAUUUCAUGUUACUUCGCGGGCUGAUUUCUUUACUUCUUACUCACAAGGUGAUUUUGGGAAUGUCCGUAUGGGAAAUGAAGAUGUGUCAAAAAUUGUCGGCAUGGGUGACAUUUGCUUGGAAACAAAUAUUGGAUGCAAAUUGCUGCUUAGAGAUGUGAGGCAUGUACCAGAUAUUCGACUCAAUUUAAUCUCUGCUGGAAAGUUAGAUGAUGAAGGCUACAUCAACAAUUUCAGUAAUGGAAAAUGGAAGCUCUCCAAAGGUUCUCUAGUGGUAGCAAAAGGAAAGAAGACUUGUUCUCUUUACACUAUGCAAGCAAAAAUCUGCAAGGGUGUUGUGAAUACCUUAGAGAAUGACUCAUCCACUGAUUUAUGGCAUAGAAGGCUUGGACAUAUGAGUGAAAAAGGAUUGCAAGUUUUGUCCAAGAAAGAGCUUCUAGUGGGGAUAAAAGGUACGCCUUUGAAAACUUGUGUUCAUUGUUUCCAUGGUAAACAAAACAGAAUAUCAUUCCGUAGAAACAUUGCAUCUAGAAAAUCUCAUGUUUUAGAUUUGGUACAUUCUGAUGUAUGUGGUCCUUUGAAAGUUAGGACACUUGGUGGUGCUCUAUACUUUGUCACUUUUAUUGAUGAUCACUCUAGAAAAGUUUGGGCUUAUACACUGAAAACUAAAGAUCAAGUUCUAGAUGUGUUUAAGAUUUUUCAGGCCAAGGUUGAAAGAGAAACAGGUAGACAGUUGAAAUGUGUUCGCUCGGAUAAUGGUGGUGAAUAUAUUGGACCAUUUGAUCAGUAUUGCACAAAUCAUGGUAUCAGGCAUGAAAAGACAGUUAAAAAGACACCUCAACAGAACGGGGUUGCAGAGAGAAUGAAUCGCACCAUUCUUGAGAGAGUCAGAUGUUUGCUCUCACAUUCUAAAUUGCCAAGAUCCUUUUGGGGUGAGGCAAUGAGGACCGCAGUUGAUCUUAUCAAUUUGUCUCCUUCAGUUCCGUUGAAUGGUGAUGUGCCAGAGAAAGUUUGGACAGGGAAGGAAGUCUCCUAUGAUCACUUGAGGGUAUUCGGCUGCAGAGCUUUUGUUCAUAUUCCAAAAGAUGAAAGGUCCAAGCUUGAUCCAAAAGCAAAGCAAUGCAUAUUUCUUGGCUAUGGGCAUGAAGAAUUUGGAUACAGGUUGUAUGAUACAGUUGACAAGAAAGUUGUCAGAAGCCGAGAUGUUGUUUUCUUGGAAGAUCAGACUAUUGAAGACAUCGACAAGCUUGAGUCAGCUGAGUCUAGUACUGAUGAUCUUGUUGAUUUAGAUCCUCUCAAUCCCUCUGCUGUUCAUGAUAUUGAUGAGGAAGUGCAAACACCUCAUGAUGAUGCAGCAGAAGAUGAUGUUGAGCCAGAGAUUGAGGGGGAGCAACCACCCCAAGAGCCACUACCACAGACACCGUUAAGGAGAUCUACUAGAGAAAAACAGUCAUCCAGAAAAUAUUCUUCAAAUGAGUAUGUGAUGAUAUCAGAUCAGGGGGAGCCAGGGACUUAUCAAGAAGUCUUGAAGCAUGAGAACAAAACUGAAUGGUUCAAGGCAAUGAAAGAGGAAAUGAAGUCUUUGCAUGAGAAUCACACCUAUGAUUUGGUGAAGCCGCCUAAAGGGAAGAAAAUUUUGAAAAAUAAAUGGGUCUUCAGACGAAAGAAUGAUGGGAACAGUUCUCAACCGAGAUUCAAGGCACGACUUGUCGUGAAAGGUUUUGAUCAGAGAAAGGGAGUUGAUUUUGAUGAGAUCUUCUCACCAGUUGUGAAGAUGUCCUCCAUUCGAACUGUGCUUGGUAUAGCUGCGAGUAUGAAUUUAGAAGUUGAGCAGCUUGAUGUGAAGACCGCAUUUUUGCAUGGUGACUUAGAAGAGGAAAUUUAUAUGGAGCAACCUGAGGGCUUCAAAGAUAAGGGUAAUGAUCAGUUAGUUUGCAAAUUGAAGAAGAGCUUGUAUGGAUUGAAGCAAGCACCGAGGCAGUGGUACAGAAAAUUCGAUGCUUUCAUGAGUGAGAAUGGGUAUUCAAGAACCACUUCAGACCAUUGUGUGUUUGUGAAGAAAUAUAAAGAUGGUAAUUUUAUUAUUCUCUUGCUUUACGUUGAUGAUAUGCUUAUUGUGGGCCAAGACACGAGUAAGAUUAGCAAGUUGAAGUCAGAGUUGAGUAAGUCCUUUGCCAUGAAGGAUUUGGGUCCAGCAAAGCAAAUUCUUGGGAUGAGAAUUGUUCGUGACAGAUCACAUGGGCUGAUUUGGUUAUCUCAAGAGAAUUAUAUUAAAAAGGUUCUUGAGAGGUUCAAUAUGGACAAAGCAAAGCCUGUUAAUUGUCCACUUGCAGGCCACUUCAAACUAAGCUCAAGUCAGUGUCCUACAAGUGAUGAAAAGAGAAAUGAGAUGCAGAAAAUUCCCUAUGCUUCAGCAGUUGGUUCUUUGAUGUACGCCAUGGUUUGUACUCGACCGGAUAUUGCUCACGCAGUUGGGGUUGUCAGUCGAUUUUUGUCUAAUCCAGGGAAAGAACACUGGGCAGCAGUGAAAUGGAUUAUGAGGUAUCUUCAGGGCACUUCAAAGAUGAGUUUGUGUUUUGGUAAAGGCGAGCCUAUUCUUGAUGGGUUCACAGAUUCUGAUAUGGCUGGUGAUGUUGAUAGUCGAAAAUCUACUUCUGGUUAUUUGAUUACUUUUGCAGGGGGAGCAGUGGCAUGGCAAUCAAGAUUACAGAAAUGUGUUGCUCUCUCCACCACAGAAGCUGAGUUCAUCGCCAUCACUGAAGCUUGCAAAGAAUUAUUGUGGUUGAAGGAAUUCUUACAAGAGUUGGGUUUGAAACAAGAAAGGUAUGUCCUUCAUUGUGAUAGUCAGAGUGCAAUCCACUUGAGCAAGAAUUCUUCAUUUCAUUCGAGAUCGAAACAUAUUGAUGUUAGAUAUCAUUGGAUUCGUGAUGUCUUGAAUGAUAAGUUGUUACAACUUGAAAAAAUUCACACUGAUGAUAACACUUCGGAUAUGUUAACUAAGGCAUUGACUAAGGACAAGCAUGAGAAGUGUCGACUUUUGGCGGGAAUGGUCGAAUCCUCCACAUAAGUCGGGAGGGGGAGAAUUGUUGGGUUUCCCUCCUUUGUGGGACUCAUCAAUUUGCUAAUUUUUUGGUGGCUUACCCGUGUAUGACUCUUAUCCAAGACUUGGUUUGGAGUCUUCAAGUUAAAAGGAAUUUGGCAGCCACCAAAGACUAUAAGUUUUGUCCUUUUCUUUGGUUCAUCUUUUCUCUGUUGGUUUG